CGGCUGAGGUUUUAAGCCCAGAGCGAAGAGCUUUAAAGCAUCAGAGCAUCCCGCUCGUGUUGCCAGUCGCCGUGGAAACCGGAGCGGGCUCAGCAUCAGGAGGCCUGGAUGCUGCGAGGCGGGCCUUGCGGGGAAUGGAGGGAGAACCGGCCCGUACGAGUGGAUUCAGGGAUGAGGAGGAUGGAGAGAGUGUGCUCUCGUGAGGAGAGGAAGAGAAAGAAGAUGGCUAAAGCGGUGGCGGAGGAGAAGAAGUUGCAGCGAGAAUUUUCGUCGUCGGCGUCCAGCGGCUCGCAUGAUGGUCGCAGCUCAGCAGCCAGCAACUUGGACGUGGCCGACCGACUCACCUACCUGGAGCAAAGGAUGCAGAUGCAGGAGGAUGAAAUCCAGCUGCUUAAGAUGACCCUGGCUGACGUGCUCAAGAGGCUCAACAUCUCCGAGGAGCACCGGGCUGCCAGCGCCCCCACGUCUGGAAGGAGGACGUCAGGUACUAAAGGGAGACCCGUCUCAAUGGGCCUGCCCCCAAGAGCACCCUUGGGAACCUCGGGAGUCACCAGCUUGAGGAAGAGCUCCACGCUACCAUCUGGAGCAACCUGCAGGAACUACAGCCCGACACCCCCUCGCUGUGGUGUCAGGAGUCCAGCAGGCAGCGUGAAGGACAGUCCAUGUAAAACCCCCAAAACGCGUCCGUCCUCAUCCGCAUCAUCCUGCACCAGCACACAAGAAGGGAGCACCAGAUCCAAGGAGGUUCCUGUGAGUUUAGGCAUGAGGAGAGUUACACACAGCAAAGUGACUAUGCAGAUCUAUCUGAGCCCCCUCAUAAGAAAGACUGGGUCUUCUGAGAUGAAUGCAACAUCUACCCCCACGGUACCUGUGGGAGGCAGUGGACCGUCGGGAACCCAGCAGGCAAGAGGCACACCCAAUUUAGAUGCGAGGAGGAAAGACCCAUCCUACAUGUUGAACCUCCAGAAGACCACCACCAACGUCGCAAGUCAGAAGAACCCACAGCAGGAUGCUAACAGCUCCAAAAACCCCCAAAAGUCCCCGAGUCAGUACUUUCAGAUUUGUUACUGACCAUCAAGUCACAACACCACUUUUUUGUUGUCAUGUUUUCAUAACUUUUGGCUAAUUUAUCGACUUGCUGUAUUUCCUGCAAAUAAUGGUCAUCUGGAAAAUAACAAUGGUUCUAGAACUGAGCCUUGAGGAAUACCGCCGUUAAAUUCAAGGUUCAUUUGACUUAAGCUUCAUAUCCUGAUUUGAAACAAACCCUAUUUCUUCUUUUAAUUGUUAGGUGAAACUUUACACUAACUUGCCUGAAACCCUCACCUCCAAUUGAAACCCUAAUUUGAAAGCUCUCGGGCUUGAAAAAAAUCCCAGUUUUAAACCCCGUCUAAAAAAUUACCCACUUGGCCCUUUAUGGAAUCAGUUUGA